UGGUUUAAACUUAUGAGGAAAACUUUCCAUUUUGCUAAACUUGCAGCAUUUGUUGACUCUGACACUUGUCAUAUUAUAUUAUUUUCCCUCUAUUUGACAAAAUAAUCCUGCUAACUAAAGUGCACAAAGUGAUUUUCCUCUCAUUUUCUACCGAAGGAAUUAUGGCUGUCUGGUGGAAUGCCACAGAUUUGUUGGACAGCUUGGACCUGGAGGAGAAUUCAAUAGUUUCUCGGGUAAUUCAGGCAGUUGGGCUCUUUGGAGAUAUUCUUUCUAUAGAGGACACUAUGGAGACAACAGACAUUUUUUCUGAGGAACAAAAACAGGAUGAGACUGGAAAAAGUCAUGAUGACGAUCAGGGGACUGCAUCGUGUGAUGUGGAGAAGGCAAAAUGUCCUCAAGAAGCAGAUGACUGUGAAGGUGGAAAGCAGCAGGAAAAUGAGGAGGAAGAAGACGAGGAAAAAGCUCAGAAAAAUCAAGAAGACAAUAGCCUGGAAGUAGGGACAAAGGAAGGGGGACAUAUCCUUGAAAAUGAUAAACAAGAUCAUGGAAGUGUGGAAAUGGAGCCAGACAUACAUGAAGAGGUAAGAACAGACAAAGACAAAGAGAGCAAGAAAAACGUGGAGGCUGAGGAAGAAACAAUAGAGGCAGCAAUGGAAAAGGUGGAAAAAGUGACAGGAAAUGAAGAGGUGGAGAAAGUGACAACAGAAGAAAAGGGAAAAGUAGAAGAAGAAGAUACAGGAAGAGAUAUUAUGGAUUCCAUGAAGGAAGAAGUGGAACAUUUGGAGAAAGAGGAGACCAUUGAGAUGAAUGAAGCAGAGACAAAGAUUAGGAGAAAGGAGGAAGAAGAGGUAGACGAUAAAGAAGAAGAAGAGAUGAAGGUGAGGGCAGAAGAAAAGGAAGUAGAGGAAAAGAUGGGAGAGAAAAAUAUAAAGAGACAGGAGGUUGAAGAGGUAAAGGAAAAAGUAGAGGCAAAUGAGGUUGUAAAGGAUCAAGGAGAGGAGGCAGGUAAAACGAUAGAAGAAGAGACAGAGGAAAACGACAAAGAAAAGAUGGCAGAUGGGGAACAAGAAGAUGAAGCAGGGAAAGAGGUAGAAAGACAGGAAGAAGAGGUAGACAAAAAAGAAGAAAGGGUACUGAGGGAACAGAACGAGCGGAUAGAGAAAGAGAUAACAAGACAAGAGGUAGAGGAUGUGGAAAAAGCAGAAAUGGGUGUAAUGAAAGAACAAGAAAAGAAGGAAGAGAAAGAAAUAGUGACAGAAAGACACGAGGGAGAAGACAGGGAGGUAGAGGACAGAAAGGAAGCAGAAAAAGAGCUAGAGGAAAAGGAGGUAGAAGAAAGGGAAGACAAAAAGGAGGUAACUAAGGAAAAAGAAUGGCAAGUAGAGAAAGACAAGGAAGCAAAGGAAACAACAGAGACAGAAAGGUAUGAGGAGGGAGUUCACUCAACUCGAUUUAGGCAAAGCAUCCCUGGCCUCUCUGUCAUCACCCCUACAUGA